CCCAAGGCGGGGCCAGACCCGGAAGCAGGCGGGCUGGUGCCCGGCGUCAGCGGACUGACCCCCUAACCCUGGCCUUGCGAGGGGAGCACCAUGGAGGAGGCUCAUCGGGAGCUCUUCCAGCAGAACCGCCUGCGCCUGGUGAGGGAGCUGCAGGUGGAGCCGCUGUGGGACCUGAUGCUGGACAGGGAGCUGUUCACUCGCGACAUGAUUGAGGACAUCCAGAGGGCUGGUACUCGGAGAGACCAGGCUAGGCAGUUAAUCACAGAUAUUCAGACACGAGGGAAGCGUGCCCUUCCUCUGUUCAUCUCCUGCCUGGAAGACACCGGCCAAUUGGCUCUAGCAGCUCUCCUCCGUGAAAGUAACACAACCCAGCAAUUGGACCCUAUUGAUAUCAAACCGGUUGAAAUGAUCACAUCUGGGGCACCAAACAAUACUUCUGGGAAGCUUCCCGUGAGACCACCGCUUCCAGGCUCCCAUACCCACAAAAAAGAAGACCGAAGGGCAUCAGACGUAGCACAGGGUGCUGUGGGCCCCACAGAGACCAAAAGUAGGAGAAACACUGGUAUGGCUGGACAGGUGUAUCCUCUAAACUCAGACCCAUGCGGCUACUGCCUCAUCAUCAACAAUGUGGACUUCCAUGCUUCCUCGGGCCUCUCUGUCCGUACAGGCUCCAACAUCGACUGUGAAAAGAUGGAGAAACGCUUCCAAUCGCUGCAUUUCGCCGUGGAGGUCGAGUGGAAUCUGAGUGCAAGGGAAAUGGGAGCCACCUUGCAGAGGCUGGCCGCAAGGGACCACAGCGCCAUGGACUGCUGUGCAGUGGUCAUCCUGUCUCACGGCUGUCAGGCCAGUCAUAUCCAGUUUCCCGGAGCCAUCCACGGCACAGAUGGAGCCUCUAUCUCAGUGGAGAGGAUUGUGAACCUCUUCAGUGGGUCCAGAUGCCCCAGCUUGGGAGGGAAGCCCAAGCUUUUCUUUAUCCAGGCCUGUGGUGGGGAUCAGAGAGACCGUGGAUUCCAGAUGUCUUUUGAUACCCCUGAGGCCAAGUCUCCUUACAGCAACCCCGAGACAGAUGCCAACCCUUUUCAAAAAAGCUUCGAUCAGCCAGAUGCUGUGGCCAGCUUACCGACACCCAGUGACAUCUUGGUGUCCUAUUCCACCUUUCCUGGUUUUGUCUCCUGGAGAGAUAAGGCGCAUGGUUCAUGGUACAUAGAGACCCUGGAUAGAGUCUUGGAGGUGUGGGCGGAUUCUGAAGAUUUACUGAGUAUUCUUCUCAUGGUGUCUAAUGCUGUGUCUGCCAAAGGGAUAUUCAAACAGAUUCCUGGUUGUUUUAAUUUCCUCCGGAAAAGAUUUUUCUUUAAAACCAAGUGAGGAUGACUACGACUUUUCUUUCCUCCUACUUGAAACACUGUUCUUUUUGUUUGGAAGCGGCCGCAGGCAAGGGCUCUGGGUUUUCCUGCCUAGGAAUGGGUGGCCUCUCCUACCACCCCCUGAAAAACUUCCUUUGGUUUGUUACAUGUGUCACUGAUCCUGGAGCCAUUGGAGAUAGUGGCUUCUUGGCCUUUGCCCCAUCAGCAGCAGUAGGUCCAGUGAUGGGCAGAGCCAGAGAUUAAAAGGAGUGGAGGAAGAAAAGGACCAUGGACGUUAAUGCCCAGCAUAGUGUGUCUGGCUAGCUGGGUGACUUGGUGUCUUUAGAAUUGGGGGCUUCAGACACUCCAGGAAGUCUUAACUCCUCCAUAAGUAAGACGGGUGCUACCAGAUCCUAGAGAAUGGAAAUCUCAAAACUUGAAAAAAUACUUUAGAAAUGGCUUGUUUUUUCUACUGUUUGUAGUUUUCAUAAAAAAAAAAAAGAAUUCUUCUAUAAAUUCUAA